ACCAUAAGACAGAGAGAGAGAGACAGAAAGCACACAUCAGCCUUUCCUCCUCACUUUCCCACCAUGGAAUAGCUGAACUUGCCCCCACCCACACCUCCAUCACCUCCCAGCACCCCAUGAUUAUUUUGACCCUCUGGUCUUUUUGGAAGGAAGCUUCUGUCACUUCUUAACACAAACUGCCUGGAAAAACACACACAGACAGACAGACAAAGCCCCCCAAACCCUCUCACAAAGGAAGAGGUUCUUCUCCCCCUCCCCUUCUUCUCUUUUACUCUGACUCCAGAGCUCCAGACUCCAGCUCGAGCAGCCACAAUUCCUUACCAUGUAUUCUCCUUUUAAACCAUCUCCUUCCUGCACACGCUCAGUCCUUGCAGCCACGGAUCUAACACAACUCCCCGCUUCUUGCCUGCAGGUUCUUUGCUCCCCGUCACUCAGCUGAUCCAGACCUUUUUUUUCUCCCUCCUAUUUUUUUCCCCCCUCCCUGGGCACUGAGGUGUGUGUGUCUGUGUGUGAGUGUGCCAGGGGGAGAGGUUGUGUGUGUGUGUAGGGGAGGGGGGGGGGGGUCCCUGCUUUUUAUUUUUUCUUGGUGGGGGAAUUUUUUCAAAGCAUCUUCAUUAUUUUAUUUUCCUUCUCUGACUUGGACACUUCUCCCUUGGAGAUUUCUUUUCCAUGCAAAGGGGUUCUCACUUCUGGCUGGCAUGGCAGAGUACGUCCCCCAGCCUCCCUCCACCUGGCCCACAGGCCCACAGCCCCCUCACAGCUCUGCUGUCUGCCCGCUGGAGCCUGUGGAUCUGGGGGUGUCAGAGCAGCAGCCCCCGCCGGAGCAGCCCCCCUCCUCCUCCCCGGAGCUGGGCGAAGAUGAGGAAGUCACCUCCCCGCCAGACCCUGACGUCCCUUACCCCGACUUGGCUCCAGUUGUCUUCUUCUGCUUAAAGCAGACCACCAGCCCACGGAACUGGUGCAUCAAAAUGGUGUGCAACCCCUGGUUUGAGUGUGUCAGCAUGAUGGUGAUUCUGUUGAACUGCGUUACCCUGGGGAUGUACCAGCCGUGUGAGGACAUGGACUGCCUCUCUGAGAGGUGUAAAAUCUUGCAGGUAUUUGAUGAUUUCAUCUUCAUCUUCUUUGCCAUGGAAAUGGUCUUAAAAAUGGUGGCCCUUGGGAUCUUUGGCAAGAAGUGUUACCUUGGGGAUACCUGGAACCGUCUGGAUUUUUUCAUUGUCAUGGCUGGGAUGGUGGAGUACUCCCUGGAUCUCCAGAACAUUAACUUGUCUGCAAUCCGUACUGUCCGUGUCCUGAGACCCCUGAAAGCUAUCAACCGUGUGCCCAGCAUGCGAAUCCUUGUGAACUUGCUCCUGGACACCUUGCCCAUGCUGGGGAAUGUUCUUCUUCUCUGCUUUUUUGUCUUCUUCAUCUUCGGCAUCAUUGGGGUGCAGCUGUGGGCUGGACUGCUCCGCAACCGCUGCUUCAUGGAGGAGAACUUCACAAUACAAGGCGACGUUGUCCUGCCCCCUUAUUACCAGCCUGAGGAAGACGAUGAGAUGCCCUUUAUCUGCUCGCUGUCAGGAGACAAUGGGAUUAUGGGCUGUCACGAGAUCCCCCCGCUGAAGGAGCGGGGCCAUGAGUGUUGUUUGGACAAGGAUGAUUACUACUACUACAACUCGGUGCGGCAAGAGUUCAACAUCAGCGGCAUGUGCGUGAACUGGAACCAGUACUACAACGUCUGCCGAACGGGCAACGCCAACCCGCACAAGGGUGCCAUCAACUUCGACAACAUUGGCUAUGCCUGGAUUGUGAUAUUUCAGGUGAUCACACUGGAAGGGUGGGUGGAGAUCAUGUACUACGUGAUGGAUGCCCAUUCCUUCUACAAUUUUAUCUACUUUAUCCUGCUGAUAAUUGUUGGCUCCUUCUUCAUGAUUAACCUGUGCCUGGUGGUCAUUGCCACACAGUUCUCAGAGACCAAGCAGCGAGAGCACCAGCUGAUGCAGGAGCAGCGGGCGCGGUACCUCUCCUCCAGCACUGUCGCCAGCUACAUGGAGCCAGGAGACUGCUACGAGGAGAUCUUCCAGUACAUCUGCCACAUCAUCCGCAAAGCCAAGCGCCGCACCCUGGGGCUCUACAACAGCAUACAGAGCCGGCGCCAGGGCCACGUGCAGCCCAGCGCUGCCAAGCUGGGCAGGAGCAGGAAAAGCCAGAGGCACUACAGGCUUUGCCAGCAACACAACUCUCUUGACUGCCCUCUUCAGGGCAUGGUCCAGCCCAUUGCUGUAACUGCAACCUCUGACCCCACCAACUGCCCCCGAUGUCAGAGUGGGCAGCACAAAGCAUCCCGAAGGCUCUCUGCCCUGGAUAGCACUGGCUCAGAUCGGGAAGAUGGAGGAGCCAGUGAAGAGGAAGGAGAAGGCAGCAGAGAGGACCAUGGUGCCUCAGGUCUUGAGAAAGAGGAGGAGGAGGUGGAAGGCAGUGGACGGCUGAAGCUUUGCAGUGACAUGUGGCAAGAAGUGAGGGUCAAGCUUCGAGGGAUUGUGGACAGCAAAUACUUCAACCGCGGGAUCAUGAUUGCAAUCCUGGUGAACACCAUCAGCAUGGGCAUCGAGCACCACGAGCAGCCAGAGGAAUUGACCAACAUCUUGGAGAUCAGCAAUGUUGUCUUUACAAGCAUGUUUUCCCUGGAAAUGAUUCUGAAACUCGCUGCUUUUGGUCUCUUUGAUUACCUCCGCAACCCUUACAACAUCUUUGACAGUAUCAUCGUCAUCAUCAGCAUCUGGGAAAUCGUGGGCCAGGCGGACGGGGGCCUCUCUGUCUUGCGGACUUUCCGCCUCCUGAGGGUGCUGAAGCUGGUGCGGUUCAUGCCCGCUCUGCGUCGCCAGCUUGUGGUGCUGAUGAAGACUAUGGACAAUGUAGCCACCUUCUGCAUGCUCCUCAUGCUCUUCAUCUUUAUAUUCAGCAUCCUGGGAAUGCACAUCUUUGGUUGCAAGUUCAGCCUCAGGACAGACACAGGAGAUACAGUUCCUGACCGGAAGAAUUUUGACUCUCUGCUGUGGGCCAUUGUCACUGUCUUCCAGAUUCUAACCCAGGAGGACUGGAAUGUUGUGCUCUAUAAUGGCAUGGCCUCCACCUCACCAUGGGCAUCCCUCUACUUUGUGGCUCUCAUGACAUUUGGCAAUUAUGUGCUCUUCAAUCUGCUGGUGGCCAUUCUCGUGGAGGGAUUCCAGGCUGAGGGUGAUGCCAACAGGUCAUACUCCGAUGAAGACCAGAGUUCAUCAAACAUAGAGGACUUAGAUCAGUUCCAAGAGGUCCAGGAAGGCUCAGAUCCCAAGCUCUGUGCAAUUCCUGUGACACCUAAUGGACACUUGGACCCAUCCUUGCCCUCUUCCAACCCACCAGUGGCUGCUGGGGGAGUCACAAACUCUUCACACAACUCCCUGCAGCCUGACCAGAUCCGUGUUGCUGUUGAGUCCCGGAAGAGCAGUGUGAUGUCCCUGGGGAGAAUGACCUAUGACCAGCGGUCCUUGUCUGGCUCCCGCAGCUCCCACUACGGCGCCUGGGGCCGCAGCGGAGCCUGGGGGAGCCGCCGCUCCAGCUGGAACAGCCUGGCCCGAGGGCACAGCCUGAAGCAUAAACCUCCCUCUGCUGAGCACGAGUCUCUUCUGUCUGGGGAAGGGCACAGGGCUGCGGAUGGGGAGCCGGACGGCACGGGAAGGGUGUUCCAUCACCGCCGGACGCUCUCCCUGGACAACAAGGGCUCCUCUGACUUGUUAGAGCUGGCCUCGGUCCCAUCCAGUCACAGAGUGACUUGUAAGCUGGGAACAGUACCUGGGAGCAGUGAGCAUCAAGACUGCAAUGGCAAAAUGCCCAGUAUUUCCAAGGAGAUCUUCCCGAAGAUGAACACCCGCAAGGAACGCGGAGAGGAUGAUGAAGAAAUAGAUUAUAGCCUGUGCUUUCGCAUCCGGAAGAUGAUGGAAGUCUACAAGCCAGACUGGUGUGAACUACGGGAAGACUGGUCCAUAUAUCUCUUCUCUCCACAAAACAGGUUUCGCCUCCUCUGCCAAACCAUCAUAGCUCACAAACUCUUUGACCACGUUGUGCUGGCCUUCAUCUUCCUGAACUGCAUCACCAUUGCCCUGGAGAGACCACAGAUUGAACACAGGAGCACAGAGAGAAUCUUUCUCACUGUAUCCAACUACAUAUUCACAGCGAUUUUUGUAGCUGAGAUGACACUGAAGGUGGUCUCUCUAGGCCUGUACUUUGGGGAUCAGGCUUACCUCCGCAGCAGCUGGAACGUCUUGGAUGGCUUCUUGGUCUUCGUGUCUCUCAUUGACAUUGUGGUCUCGGUGGCCUCUGCUGGCGGUGCCAAAAUCCUGGGUGUGCUGCGAGUGCUCCGGCUGCUGCGCACGUUGCGUCCCCUCCGGGUCAUCAGCCGAGCCCCUGGCCUGAAGCUGGUGGUGGAGACGCUCAUUUCUUCCCUCAAGCCCAUAGGAAAUAUCGUGCUCAUCUGCUGUGCUUUCUUCAUCAUUUUUGGCAUCCUGGGUGUGCAGCUCUUCAAGGGCAAAUUCUACCACUGUUUGGGAGUCGACAUCAGGAACAUCACCAACCGCUCUGACUGCGUGGCUGCCAACUACAAGUGGGUGCACCACAAGUAUAACUUUGACAACCUGGGACAGGCUCUGAUGUCCCUCUUUGUUCUGGCUUCCAAGGAUGGCUGGGUCAAUAUUAUGUAUAAUGGACUAGAUGCUGUGGCUGUUGACCAGCAGCCAGUAACCAACAACAACCCCUGGAUGCUCCUCUACUUCAUCUCCUUCCUUCUCAUCGUCAGCUUCUUUGUGCUCAACAUGUUCGUGGGGGUUGUGGUGGAGAACUUCCACAAGUGCCGUCAGCACCAGGAGGCUGAGGAGGCACGCCGGCGGGAGGAGAAGCGCUUGCGGCGCCUGGAGAAGAAGCGAAGGAGUAAGGCACAGCCUAAGUGUUUGGUUGAGGCGCAGCGUUUGCCGUACUAUGCUACCUACUGCCCCAUACGCCUCCUUAUUCAUUCGGUCUGCACCAGCCACUAUCUGGACAUCUUCAUCACUUUCAUCAUCUGCCUCAACGUGGUCACUAUGUCCUUGGAGCACUACAACCAACCUGUGUCCCUGGAGACCGCCCUCAAGUAUUGCAACUACCUGUUCACCACUGUCUUUGUGUUGGAGGCAGUCCUCAAGUUAGUGGCGUUUGGCCUGCGGCGGUUCUUCAAAGACAGGUGGAACCAGCUAGAUCUGGCCAUCGUGCUCCUCUCUGUCAUGGGCAUCACAUUGGAAGAGAUUGAAAUCAAUGCUGCUCUCCCAAUCAACCCCACCAUCAUCCGGAUCAUGAGGGUGCUGCGGAUUGCCCGGGUCCUGAAGCUACUGAAGAUGGCCACGGGAAUGCGAGCACUGCUGGAUACAGUUGUUCAAGCCCUGCCACAGGUGGGAAACCUUGGACUCCUUUUCAUGCUCCUAUUUUUCAUCUACGCUGCUCUAGGAGUGGAGCUCUUUGGAAAACUGGUUUGCAAUGAUGAGAACCCCUGUGAGGGCAUGAGUCGCCAUGCCACCUUUGAGAACUUCGGGAUGGCCUUCCUCACACUCUUCCAGGUGUCCACAGGUGACAACUGGAAUGGGAUCAUGAAGGAUACCUUGCGUGACUGCAGCCACGAUGACCGGAGCUGCCUCAGCAACCUGCAGUUCAUCUCCCCACUGUACUUUGUUAGCUUUGUGCUCACAGCCCAGUUUGUCCUCAUCAAUGUGGUGGUAGCUGUGCUCAUGAAACACCUCGACGACAGCAACAAGGAGGCCCAGGAGGAUGCAGAGAUGGAUGCUGAGAUUGAGCUGGAAAUUGCACAUGGGUUCUGCUCCCGCAAGUCGCGCUCCUCGAAUUCAGGGCAGGGAAAAGGAACAGGAGGUGGUGGUGGGAGAACAGAUCCCGAAGGACGGCUGUGCAUGAGAUGUUACUCUCCAGCGCAGGAGAACUUAUGGCUGGACAGUGUCUCUUUAAUUAUUAAGGACUCCUUCGACGGGGAGUUAAUGAUCAUCGAUAACCUAUCGGGCUCCGUCUUCCAUCAUUACUCCUCGCCGGCCAUGUGCGAGAAGUGUAACCAUGACAAGCAAGAGGUCCAGCUGGCUGAAAUGGAAGCAUUAUCCCUCAACUCAGACAAGUCCUCUUCCAUCUUUCUAGGAGAUGAGUCAGACAAUCGCAACACUUCUCAGCUGAGCCCUAAGGAGAUCAAGGAAGGGCAGGACAGCCCUGACUCCAAUGGGGCAGGCGAUCUGCACGAAUGCCUGCUCCCAGUAUCCAGUGAGGAUGGCUCUACAAACCCAGACAGCUACCUAUGUGAAAUGGAGCAAACUCCUUUCAACUCAGUCCAGUCUUGGCUAAAGCAUGAAACUAACAAAGUCCCUCCCAGCCCCUUCUCUCCAGAUGCAUCUUGCCCUCUGUUACCUGUACCUGCAGAAUUUUUCCACCCAGCCAUCUCUGCCACCCAGACAGGGCCUGAGAAAGUCUCAAGUCCACACAACCUUCCCAAGAUUUCUCUGCAAGGCUCAUGGGCAUCACUGAGAUCUCCAAGUGUGAACUGCUCACUUCUUCGUCAGGCCCACGAGAGCGAUACGUCGCUGGACAGCAGCAGGAGCAGCAGCUCAGCGGGCAGCCUGCAGACCACGAUGGAGGACAGCCUCAACCUCAGCGACUCUCCUCAGUGCACCCUGGACCUCCCGGUGGCUCUGUGCCCCAUGCCAGCUGCCGACAGCCAAAGACCCCUGGCAGCCCCCCUCUCCCCCACCUCCCGCCGCCGGAGCCUGCGGGGCCGGGGGCUUUUCAGCCUCCGAAGCAUCCGUUGUCACCAGCGCAGCCACAGCAGCGGCGGGAGCACCAGCCCCGGCUGCACCCACCACGACUCCAUGGACCCCUCGGACGAGGAGGGGGCGGGCAGCAGCCUGCGGGGGGGUGGCAACAACAGCGAGCCCUCGGAGACCCUCAGCAGCCUCUCGCUGACCUCCCUUUUCUCUCCCCCACCGCCGGGGCUGACGCUGGUGAAGAAGUGCAGCAGCACCAGCAGCCUCCAUGCCAGCCCCUCGUCCCGCCGCCCCACCGCCCACCACACCAAGCCCUUCUACACCGUCGACCCCCGAGGUUUCCUCUCAAUGCCCUCCUGGGUGACGGACUUGUGCAAGGACACCUCCUCGCCUGGGGAAGGAGAGAAGCCGGACGCCCCCGGCAGACUGGGGACAGGGGACCGCGGCUCUCCGCUCCCGCCCAAGCUGGAUCUGGGUGACGGAGUCAGCAAGAGGAACAGAUGAGGGUCCCUGGAGUGCAGGGAAGGAGCAUUCAGCCGCCGGCAUGGGGAGCAUGUUUCACUAACAUCUCUCCAGCAGCAGCAGCAGCAAUUCCAAAGGAUUUGCAAGAAAAAGGAUCAGGCAAACAAAAAUGUAUAAAUAUAUAUAUAUACAUAAAUAUAUAUAUAUAUAUAUAAAAAAAAAAUAAAUACUCUGGUACCGUACCUCAGAGGCGUGGGAGAGUGCAAGCAAUACGGGAACAGUCCUGCCCGAGGGCAAGACCUGGACCAUCCCCGCAGAGACUAUAGUGACAAGAAAAGGCCGUGGGGCUGGGAGGGAUGAGACCCUCCCGCCGGGUGACUGUCACGGCAGCUGUUUAGUUGUAUACAUAUAUAGAGAGAUCGAUUUAUUUAUUUUUUUUACUGAGAGAUUAUGAAUUUCAGAAAGUGCUAAGGAGGAACAAGCAAACAGGGGCUGCAGGAGGUGCUACGCCAAGAAGGAGGGUAGGGGACAAGGGGAAGAGGUAGCAGGGUGAGUGGCAAAGGAAGAGCAUCUGGGGUCUGCCUUGCCUGUUUCUGGGAACUUCCUUAUUGUCCAUGCUUCCAUUUCAAACAUUAAAACUCGUGGGCUAGAUCUUCAGGUCGAGCUUAAACUGGCCAAACGAGACUGUGCGUUUCUGUGGUGUAAAGCAGCAGAGCUCUGGCUCGAGGUGGGUUCCUGCUGAUUUACAGCAGGUGAAAAUCUGGCCCCUGCAGCAGGCAAAAGCAAACAGCCUUGCAGCACGGGAAACGUUUUGAGGCGCAAAGUCUUGCUUUGAAGGCAAUGUGUGAACACAGCGGGCAUGCUCAUGGGAGGAGAAAAUGGAGGCUACGUGGCAUGUUUUUGGUGUUGUUUUGUUGGCUUUGUCUUUUUUAUUCUCCAAAGAAAGGAAAUUGCUAAAGCUUUUUAAAAAAUGGCAAGACACACGGAGAGAUUUGAGUUGAAAGAGGCAGGGUAGAAGAAGAGGGUAAAAAGGGGAGAGGAAGUUGAACUUCCCACCCCCCUUUCAUUUGCAGUCAUUGUGAUAUUUUGUUUUAGAAGCCCAAAGGUGCAAAAAUCAUCUCUAGAGAAACCUAUCUGUUAUUUUUGUAUCUAUAGCUAUAUAUAUUAAAAGAAGGCAACACCUAGGAAAAAAAAGACAAAUAAAAGCAAAGGGGACUUCAACAACACAAAAUGUAGUUAGUCCCCUGGCUGAGGGCUAACCUUGUUCCAAGUCCCAGUGGGAAGAGCCUGCAAGAACAUCCUCAGCUCAGUGGUGGCUCUGCUUCCUCUCCAGCAUCACCUUCAUCCUCUGAUGUUUCCCUGAUUUGCACCAGUGGAGCUGAGAUGAGACCUGCUCAGUGCCAGCUGUGGAAGCAGAGAGCAGAGAAUGUUGGGGUGUGUGUGACUGUGUCUCUAUGUGUGUGUGCACAAAUGUAAGGAUGCCUCUGUGUGUGGUGCCCAGGCUCACUGGCUUACCAGCUGGAGAAAUGGGGGAGAGGGAGAAAGAUCAUUUCAGCUUUCCUUGCCUCUGCCAUGAAAAGGGAGUAUGAGUGGGGAGGGCUCUGGUGUGGAGGGUGAGGGCAGACUGACUUCUCAAACCGUGGCCUGCCAAGAUUCAAUGAGGCAGUUGUGAUCCCCUCCUGGUGUGGUUACAUUAAGACCUCAGGAGACCAUAUCUCUCCUCACCUUUCCAGCAGGAUGACUGCUUGUGCCUCCUUUCUGGCUAGGGCCAGCCUGGAUCUCGCCAUGCAGCAGCUCUGAGGUUCUGUACUCUUCCUAGGUUUGCAAUCAUCCAGGGGUCACAAAGAAUCUGGGAUGUCAUCUACCACCCCAGGGAAGCUUCACUAAGGUAUGUUGGAGAAGACAGAGUGGAGAGGACAGCAAUCCAAUGGAGAAAGAAAGAUUUGGAGGCUGAUGUAGUGCUCAGAGUACCCUUGAGAAUUCCUGUCCCAUUUUUUUCCGUUCAAUCAUGAGCCUCUCUGCAGCCCUCCCAGAGCUCUCCAGCUGGCAUAUGAGGCACUGUAAAGUGGGCAGUGCAAAACAGAUGUUCUGGUUUCAUUGUGACCUGACUGAUUUUCAAGCAGCUGCUGCAUCUUACAAACUGGGUUUGUAAACAGUGAGCGUGUCAAAUUGGAACACAGCCAGGGAAAGGACAAUUACUGUGUGGACUUGAUUUAUUUGCUGGAAGGGAGUGUUUGUGGUGUUGCAAGUGUGCACACUGCCUGAAGAGAAGUCAGAGCUGUGGGCCAGGGACAGGAGAGUCUGUGUCCUUGACCUUGCAGAGAGGAUGCUGAUUCAGAUUUAUUAAAGCAAUAAUAAGGGUCUUCAAA